CAGGAUGCAAUGCGAUCGUGACGACUUCACCUGUCUGACGUCAGCUGCCGGAGUUCCGCGUGUUCGGAACUGCUGUGCAUAUCGGCUGCAUAUGUGGAAUAUAUGAUGGGAAGUCGCGGGGUUUUGUCGAUUAUCUUUGAUUUGGAUAACACGCUGAUCGACACAGCCGGAGCAGGACGAACUGCCAUUCAGAAGGUGUGCGAGCUGCUCAAGUCGACACACGUGCAGGAAAGCCACAUCAGAGACAUCUGUGAGCGCUUCUUACGAAAGCUUCUCCAAGAGUCCUUUGACCCAUCAGAAGGAAAAACGAUAGAUGACGUGAGGAUCCAGCACUGGUGUGAAGCCCUACAGGAGACACCGGGCACAGAUCCUGAUCCGGCUCUAGCCUCCAGAUGCUACUACACAUGGAAAAACACACGCUUACAGGCUUUGAGUUUGUCUUCAGAGGUUCGAGCACUGCUGGAGGAACUGCAGAAGAAUUACAAACUGCUUCUGCUCACCAAUGGUGACACUCAGACGCAGCGGGAGAAGAUCGAAGCAGUGAGAUGUGAGGGUCUCUUUAGUUUGGUGGUAGUCGGAGGAGAUCAUCCGGAGCAGAAGCCGGCGCGCUCCAUCUUCACUCACUGCUUCGAGUCUGCAGGAGUUCGGCCGCAGGACUGCAUCAUGGUGGGAGAUUCUCUUACCACAGACAUCCAGGGAGGCGUUAAUGCUGGAGUGCGGGCAACUGUGUGGAUAAAUGCUGGCAGUAAAUCUCUCCCGCAGGACUCCGUAACUCCAGACUACACUCUACCUACUGUACUGCAUCUGAAGGAAGUUCUAGCUCAGCUGGCAUGAUGCACUUUUUUAUUUUUAUUUUAAAGGUGCUAUAGAAUGAAAUUUGUUAUUUACUUGGGCAUAGCUGAAUAAUAAGAGCUCAAUAUUGACAUACCGUGAGCCUCAAACACCACUGUUUCCUUGUUCUCAUGUAAAUCGAGUGAAUGUAAAAGACAGGACAAUCCAAACAAAACAUUGACUGUCAUGUUCCACAAUGGAUCAUUAACAUGCAUGCUCCAGGAGGCGUUUGAUUGGCCUCAAUGUUUCCUAGUGAGAUUACAACAGUGAUAAUUUUCCUAUUUUAAAUUCAUCCAAGCUUCAUUCAUUAAUUUUCCUUCAGCUUAGUCCCUUUAUUCAUCAGUGGUCGCCACAGCGGAA